GGAGCUCUCCAGACCAUGGCACCCAGAAGAGCCCGCAAGAGAGCCGAAGGUGGAGCCGGCUCCAAUGUCUUCUCCAUGUUUGAUCAGUCCCAGAUCCAGGAGUUUAAAGAGGCCUUCACCAUCAUGGACCAGAACCGGGAUGGCUUCAUCGACAAGGAGGACCUGAGGGACACCUUUGCUGCCUUGGGCCGCAUCAAUGUGAAGAACGAGGAGCUGGAGGCCAUGGUGAAGGAGGCCCCCGGGCCCAUCAACUUCACCGUCUUCCUGACCAUGUUUGGGGAGAAGCUGAAGGGUACGGACCCGGAGGAGACCAUUCUCCACGCCUUCAAGGUGUUUGACACCGAAGGGAAAGGUUUCGUCAAGGCUGAUUUCAUCAAAGAGAAGCUCAUGACCCAGGCCGACCGGUUCAGUGAGGAGGAGGUCAAGCAGAUGUUUGCGGCUUUCCCGCCAGAUAUGUGUGGUAACCUGGAUUACCGAAACCUGUGCUACGUCAUCACACACGGAGAGGAGAAAGACUAGAAGCCCAGGGACCCCCCCCCCACCAACACUGGGAGGCAGCAAACACCCGCCAUGUUUUGGGGGUGACCCCUGGGGAGCCCCCUACAGCCAACGUGUGCAAAGGAAAGGCUCCCCUCGCCCUGCGGCUCAGGGGCAAAGCGAGAAUAAAGAAUGCUAACAAGG